CAAUUCCUUCGUUUGACGAACGAAAGGUGACCCAAUUUUGGACAAGUUAUCAGAAAAAAAAGAAAAAGAUGCCUUUUAAUAUUACCUCCAUUAAAACCUCUUCAAAUGGAGCUUGGCAAGGCGAUAAUCCUCUCGAUUUUGCCUUCCCACUGCUAAUAGUUCAAGCCACUUUAAUCCUUGCCCUUAGCCGCUUCCUUGCUUUCCUUCUUAAACCCCUUCGCCAACCCAAAGUCAUUGCUGAAAUAGUUGGCGGAAUUCUUCUUGGACCGUCAGCUUUUGGUCGAAACGAAGACUACCUACAUCGGAUAUUUCCAUCAUGGAGUAUGCCCGUGCUCGAAACGGUGGCAAGCAUUGGUCUUAUCUUCUUCCUUUUCCUUGUAGGUCUCGAACUCGAUUUAAGCUCAAUUCGUAGAAGUGGAAGGAGAGCCUUUGGCAUAGCUUCCGCCGGGAUAUCCCUCCCAUUCGUUUGUGGCAUAGGCGUUGCCUUUGUCCUUAGAAAAACCGUUGAUGGAGCAGACAAAGUCGAGUACGGCCAGUUCCUAGUCUUCAUGGGAGUCGCACUUUCCAUCACUGCUUUCCCUGUUCUCGCCCGUAUAUUAGCGGAGCUCAAAUUGUUAACAACUCAAGUGGGAGAAACCGCCAUGGCUGCAGCUGCAUUCAACGACGUCGCUGCAUGGAUUUUGUUAGCACUAGCCGUUGCUCUUGCUGGCAAUGGCUCUGGUCAACACAAAAGCCCCUUAAUAUCAGUCUGGGUCCUUCUAUCAGGUGUUGCCUUUGUUGUUUUCAUGUUUUUAGUCAUUCGACCCGCCAUGAAAUGGGUCGCUCGCCGGUGCUCCCCGGAGCGAGACGUGGUUGACGAGGCCUAUAUUUGUUUAACCUUAGCCGGUGCAAUGGUAUCCGGGUUCAUAACUGACCUGAUUGGAGUCCACGCAAUCUUUGGUGCCUUUAUUUUUGGACUAACAAUUCCUAAAGAAGGAGAAUUUGCAGAGAUGUUGAUAGAGAGGAUUGAAGAUUUCGUCUCGGGUUUGCUUCUUCCGCUUUACUUCGCUUCCAGCGGCUUGAAAACUAAUGUGGCUAAAAUUAGCGGUGGGGAGGCUUGGGGCCUCUUGGUGCUGGUCAUAUCGACGGCCUGCGCCGGGAAGAUCAUAGGGACUUUCGCAGUGGCUAUGAUGUAUAGCAUGCCGGUGAGAGAAUCGUUGGCUCUUGGGGUUCUGAUGAAUACUAAAGGAUUGGUUGAGCUCAUUGUUCUCAACAUUGGCAAGGAGAAGAAGGUGCUUAAUGAUGAGACCUUCGCUAUAUUAGUGCUCAUGGCACUCUUUACCACCUUUGUGACAACCCCAAUGGUCAUGGCCAUCUACAAGCCGGCCCGCGGUUCCUCCGCCCUCGCUUGCAGGAAAUUACGUGACUUGGCCAACACCGAUGAGUCGAAAGAUGAGCUUAGGGUCUUGGCUUGCCUGCACGGCCUUAGCAACGUACCCUCAAUCAUCAGCCUUAUCGAGUCAACCCGAAGCACCAAAAAAUCCCAACUCAAGCUUUUCGUUAUGCACCUUGUUGAACUUACUGAACGCUCUUCUUCGAUCAUCAUGGUCCAACGGGCCCGAAGAAAUGGGCUUCCUUUCAUUAAGAGGCUUCGCAGGGGAGAAUGGCAGGACCGAGUUGCUGGGGCUUUCCAGGCUUACAGUCAAUUGGGUCGAGUCAAGGUUAGGCCCACGACAGCCAUUUCUGCGUUGUCCUCCAUGCACGAGGAUAUUUGUCACGUGGCAGAGACCAAGAGGGUGACCAUGAUCGUCUUGCCGUUCCACAAACAAUGGACGCUGGAUGGUGAGCAGCGGACGGUGGAAAACGUUGGCCACGGAUGGAGACUGGUGAACCAGAGGGUACUAAAGAACGCACCAUGUUCGGUGGCAGUGCUAGUGGACCGUGGAUUCAGCAAUGGUGGCCAGACUCCGGGGCCCACUACCACUGAGUCCCAAAGGGUUUGCAUACUGUUCUUUGGAGGGCCCGAUGAUCGCGAGGCGUUGGAGUUAGGUGGUAGAAUGGCCGAGCAUCCAGCCGUGAAAGUGGGGCGGUUCCCGUCGCCUAUGGUGGCCAAAUUGGCGGACCGCCAAGCUGAGCACGCGGAGUUAGGGCCUAUAGGGGACAUGUUGUCCUCGUCAGGUAGCCGUGUUUUGUCAUCGGUGCUGGUAAUUCAACAGCACGAUAUGGCACAUGCGGAGGAGACGCCAGUGUCAAAGUUUGUUCAAAAUGAUUAUGACAAGCUUAAGAGCGACGGAUCUUCUGGGAUGGGAGAGAUUUCAAAGGUUGUGUAAUCAAAAUUAACUGGUAUAUAGCAACCGUAAGAGGAAAUUGUGAGAAAGUUUCUUACAACGUCCAGAGUUAUAA